UCGUUCUUGCGGUUUCCUUGUUGCUUGGCUUCCGCGUUCUAGACUUGGGUCCCGUGUUAUGCAUGGGAAGGGAGUUCAAGGUUCCCUGAGAGCAAAACCAAUGAGCAGCUACAUUAUCAGCCCAGUGGGUUCUGGCAUGUGCACCUGGUCUCGUUCUGCAAAUCACCCACUCGUUGCUGUGCACUGGUUUGAUUCGGUAUGUCUUGGCAACAACACGCUGUCGGUGUCUAGACAAGUCGAGAGGCUUUGGGAGUCCACGGCGGUCCAACCCAGGAACCGGCUGUGUGCAUUCAGUAUAGAUGUAUGGACGCGGAGGUUCCUUAUUCUGCCGUGGGCUAGGCGCCCGUUUCACUCACUCUCCCGGAUAUUGCUGCUGCCCCUCUCCACUCCGGCACUUACACGGCGCCUGGGUAAUACCCGGGGCAAGUUUCUGGUCUAGACUCCGAGCUUGGGCGGCUCUGGUGGUGGCGGCUACGCAAACGGCCACGGUUCUGGGUCAUCCCUUUAUUAACACUAGUCCCCGGGCAGCGGCCGACUGCAGCAAGGAAGUGCUGCAAGCCGCAGCCGAUGCCUACGUGGCGGCGCAGACGGCGGGGAACGUGACGCUGCUCGAGGGCGUGGUUGCUACCGCAGGGUGGGAGUAUGAGCAGAACAACAAGAAGAUGGAGGCCAAGGCGGGCGUGUUGGGCAAGGCGCUCAAGCCGGACCACCGGCGCACCAACUUUGACCUGGUGGCGUGUGCGACCUACACGGAGCUCAUCAGCGCCUCGGACCCGGCCAACCCGUACGUCAUGGGCGUCCAGUUACGGCAUCGGGUGGAGGACGGCAAGGUGGUGUUGAUCGACGUGAUUGCGUCGACGACGGACUCGUGGCUGUUUAAUGCGACGAAGACGCUGGAGUAUGUCCGCCAGGAGAAGUGGGAUGUUAUCCCUGAGGAGAAGAGGGAUAAGAGGGAGGUUAUCAAGGCCGCGGGGGAUGCGUAUAUGGAUAUGUGGAAUGACUCGACGGCGGCCGAUAAGGUUCCCUGGGGAACGCCAUGCACCCGUCUGGAGGGAUCGGCGUACACCGGCCGGGGACAGCCGGACGACUCGUGCAAGGCCGGCAUUCCGUCAAACCAUAACCAGGCGCCGAACACGCGCCGACGUUACGUUAUUGACGAGGCAAUGGGGUCGAUCACCAUUUUCUGUGUUUGGGAGCACAUGAUGAUGGCGGCCGACAGCCACGAGUUCCGCUUGGAGAAUGGCAAGCUGCGCUAUGUGCACACCAUGACCGAGUGCGGCGGCCGGCAGUGCAGGCUGUAGCGAUAGUUUGGCUAUGGCACUAUAAGUCUGAAAAGUGAUGUUGGAGAAAUGUCAGGAGCACCACUUGGUAGCAUAGGUAGUAAUCACGGGAGCUGUCAGAGGGGAUCUAGUAGCUCAACUCGACUCUUUUGACCACACAGCCUCGUCAUACUCGUCCAUCCACUGCGUAUAUUCCGGGCCCGAGGUUGCCCAUCCCUUGAUUCCGCCAACCAGGACCAGACUUUGCAUAUCGUGGUCGCCCUGGUCGGAGAGAAGAUCGGCAAACCACCCAGCAGCGCGAGUUCCUCGUCCGCGUGAGGAACCUGCCGU